AUGCCUCCACCGGCAGGACAUCAAAUUCCUGCGGAAUUAAUCCCUGGCGGCGCACGAAAUGGGGGGCUACAAACUAAUAAUAUGAACUCGGGGAUGUACGGCGACAGUUAUCAAACCCAUUCACCAACAGAUAUGGCAGACGCGAAUACAGGUUCCCCGUGGGCAAACACGUCUUCUGCUCCACAUACUGAGGUACAAGACAAUCGCCUAGGAAGAUCUCAAGAAACCGGGUAUGGUCCGAGAGAUAUCGCUCCCCCACGUGACCGAUCUCGUCCAAAUGGCCCAGCAGGUGGUAAAUCGCCAGGGAGCUCUUCGAGGACCUGCCGCAAAUGUGGAGAACCGCUCCUGGGUCAGUUUGUUCGUGCUUUAGGUGGCACGUAUCAUCUAGAAUGCUUCCAAUGUCAUGAUUGCGGAGACAUCGUCGCAUCCAAAUUUUUCCCUGUUGAUGCCGAAGAUGGAAGUGGACAGUACCCACUGUGCGAAACAGAUUAUUUCAGACGUUUGAACUUGUUAUGUUUUGAUUGUGGUGGUGCACUCCGUGGGUCAUAUAUCACUGCCUUGGACCGAAAAUACCACAUUGAACAUUUUACAUGCUCUGUCUGCCCAACCAUCUUCGGCGCGCAGGAUAGUUACUAUGAGCACGAGGCCAAAGUAUACUGCCAUUAUCACUACUCAACGCGAUUCGCCCAAAGAUGCCAUGGCUGUCAAACGGCCAUUCUUAAACAAUUUGUUGAAAUCUUCCGCAAUGGCGAGAAUCAACAUUGGCACCCAGAGUGUUACAUGAUCCAUAAAUUCUGGAACGUCCGCUUGGCACCACCAGAACAACGAUAUGAACCACCCGAAUUGGACGUCGACGCUCCUCCAGAAGAACGGGACCGCGUUCGAAAAGAGGAAGACGAUAUGGAGGAGAAGGUUUACCGCAUCUGGAGUGUACUAUCGGCUUUUGAAGAGUCUUCGGCCCAAUGCAUUUCGGAUAUGUUGUUGCAUGUUAGCAAUGGCGCUUAUAUUGACGGAGUCGUUGUCGCAAAGAAAUUCAUUUUCCACGUGGAAAUCAUAUUCAAAGCCACUGAUAGACUUGCUGCUGUCGUAUUGGCGCAAGGAACUAUAGACUUGUCAUACGCUCGAGAGGCUAAACUACUCUGCAAAAAGAUCGUUGCUUUCUUUGCACUGCUUUCGAAAACUCAGGAAACCGGCGUUCGCAAACUUGGGGUGACACAAGAACUACUUGCUCUGGUUACCGGAUUGGCCCAUUAUCUUAAACUCCUGAUUCGUAUUGGGUUGCAAGCCGCCUUGAAAUAUGAGCGAGAAGCCACGACGCCCGCAGAGCUUUUUAAAUUCUUAGGGCAAGUUGAGGACCUGGAGGGCGUCAAUAAAAUCUCCGCUACUGAACUGACGGCCAAUGUUGAGCGACUUGCAAACCAACAAUCGGACUGCUGCGCUGCUUGCCAGGAGCCUAUUGACGAUGAAUGUAUUAUUCUUGGCGAGAGAUUAUGGCAUAAAAAGCCUCCUCAUCUUGUCUGCGGCGCUUGUCAGGAUGAUCUCACAAUGGACCUAUCGCGUGCUCGUUGGAGUGAGAAACAUGAUAGGCCGUUUUGCCGUGCAUGUGCCGAACAGAGAGGCCAUGACCCUCAAGCUGUUGGCGGAUUUUCGUAUGUCACAAAACUGCAACAAUACGUUUUCUUGUUGCACGUGGCUCUUGCAAGACUUCUCGCUGUUCUCCGGUCCGGAGGCACAUUGCCACAUACAUCCGAUGAUCCGAAUUUGAAUCAAUAUGAAGCGAAUGACGGACACAGGGUUUCCGCUACAGGCGAAUUGCAAUCUCCUCCUCAAAGAUCUAAUACCAGGUCGAACUCGUAUGCAGAAGCAUCGAAGGGCACUGCGCCGUCUUCUUUGGAACAGACUGUUGGGGAGAUGAGGAGACUCCGUUCUACCCGCAACGAACGAGCGAUUUCUACUACAUUUAAAAAGGCUCGAACUUCUCGUAUCAUUGAUGGCCCACAAGGAAGUACUGCAAGACCUGGAUCUUCUGGCGCCGAAGGUGGUGAUUCACGAAAUCCCGGUUUCCAAAUUGUCGAGGAGAGAGAUGUCGAUGGCGAGCCGGUGACAGAUCUGACGUUCGGCAAUCAAGAUGCUUUGACCCUUGAUGAUAUCCCCCGGAUUGUAGCAGCUGAACAGGCCAAAGAGUACCGCCCGAGGGCUUUCAAACACGCCGGAACAGGACUUGUAGCUUCAGGUGGCCCAGCACCAAAAAUCAAGCAAGGCCAUCAACGCGAGGUGUCAAGUGCAGAUGAUAGACAGGGACAACAACCCCCGAAACCCACAAAAUACUUUUCCGAAUUAUCGGCUCUCGAAUAUUUUAUUGUUCGCCACAUCGCUGUACUCUCUAUGGAACCUCUCCUUGAGGGACAUUUCAACCUAGAAGAAUUGCUCGGCCUUAUUGAGUCAAGAAAACCAACGAUCUGGAAUAUUUUCGGUAAGGCGUUUAAAAAUGACAGCCGCAAAGGCGGGAAGAAAAAGGGCGUUUUUGGCGUGAAUCUGGAGCAGUUGGUCGAGAGAGAUGGUACAGAAUCGACCCAUGGUGUUGGCCCUGGUACCCUUCGUAUUCCAGCCUUCGUUGACGAUGCCAUCUCGGCCAUGCGACAAAUGGAUAUGUCAGUGGAAGGCGUGUUUCGAAAGAACGGAAAUAUCAAACGACUGAAAGAUACCACUGAAUUGAUCGAUACGAGAUAUGAGGCGGCGGAUUUAAAUAGAGAGACACCUGUCCAAGUGGCCGCGCUCCUCAAGAAGUUCCUUCGGGAAAUGCCAGAUCCUCUUCUCACGUUUAAACUGCACAAACUAUUUAUCGUCUCUCAAAAAAUAUCUAACCCUGAAAAGCGAAGGCACAUCUUGCACCUUGCCUGUUGCUUGUUGCCAAAAUCCCACCGUGACACCAUGGAGGUGCUCUUUUCUUUCCUCGGGUGGACUUCGUCAUUCUCGCAUAUCGAUGAGGAGUCUGGAAGCAAAAUGGAUAUUCACAAUAUUGCGACUGUCAUGACUCCAAAUAUCCUUUAUUCAAAUAAUAAAACAGCAGGUGUGGACGAUAGCUUUCUGGCCAUUGAAGCUGUCACUUCCCUGCUAGAGUACAAUGAUACAAUGUGUGAAGUGCCAGAAGACCUCCAAUCUAUCCUCAAUGACACUUCCCUCUUUAACCGUGAUGCUGAGAUCACCACAAAGGAGAUUCUCAAGCGCUAUGCAGAAAUUGGAAAAAUGCCCGCUCCAAAUCGCACUACCACUGGGCUAGACUCGCUUCCUGCUCGUUCAGGAUCUAAUCGCGGAGGCAAUACACCUGUUGCAACUCGAAUUGAUGGAGAUCCAUCGCAAGCUACCGCUUGGCAGAAGCAAAGGUCCGUUCGGCACGUCCAGCCUCAUCAGGCAAACGAUGGCUCCGAACUUCGUCCAAAUCCACAGCCUAUUCGCAGCGACAGUGGUGACAGUUACCACAGCCAGGGAUAUACACAACACAAUCACCAGCAGAUGCCUUACAGAACUCGCCAACCUGUUGGGCAGUCAGGUAUUUAA